UAGAAGUAACCACCAGAAAAUUCUCAAGGAGACAAAGUCUCUUAUUCACAUCAAGGUCCAGUGCAUUCUAGAAAGUUCAAUAGCUAGUGAAGUGGUUCGAAAGAAAGAUCUGCAACUCAGCAGUAUUAUUUCUUCACUUUUAAUGUGUGGUGCUAUUAGAUGAGGAGCCCUUAUGACAAAUAUGAGCUGGGCCUUUUUAACACGUCUUCUUGAAGAAAUCCACAAUCAUUCCACCUUUGUUGGCAAAGUAUGGCUGACGGUGCUGAUAAUAUUCCGCAUUGUGCUGACUGCAGUUGGAGGGGAGUCCAUUUAUUCUGACGAACAGAGCAAAUUUGUCUGUAAUACCAAACAGCCUGGGUGCGAAAAUGUCUGCUAUGAUGCAUUUGCACCUCUUUCCCAUGUAAGGUUCUGGGUUUUUCAGAUCAUCAUGAUAUCAACUCCAUCUGUGAUGUACCUUGGCUAUGCCAUCCAUAGAAUUGCCAGAUCAACUGAAGAAGAAAAAAGGAACAAGUUCUUCAAGAAGAAGAAAAUACCAACCAUACGAUGGCAAGUCCACCGAAAUUCAGAACAAACAGAAGAUGAAGAUGAGGAAGAGCCAAUGAUCUACGAGGAAACAGAAAGUGAGAAGAAAGAGGGUGGCAAUGAUCAAAAACAUGACGGUAGACGACGCAUCUUGCAAGAAGGCCUGAUGAAAAUGUAUGUUUUCCAGUUAAUUUUCAGGGCAUUGUUUGAGGUGGGUUUUUUAAUGGGACAAUACUUACUAUAUGGAUUUGAAGUUAAUCCAUCCUAUGUCUGCACUAGAAAUCCUUGUCCUCAUACAGUGGACUGUUUUGUCUCCAGACCUACAGAGAAGACAGUCUUUCUCAUUGUAAUGUAUGUCGUAAGUUGUCUUUGUUUGAUUCUUAAUAUUUGUGAGAUGUUUCAUCUGGGCUUUGGAACCAUUAGAGAUGUCAUUCGUAGCAAGCGGCGGAACCAGAACAACAACCGACCUUUUCCUUACCAUUGCCCUCGGAACAUUCCAUCAUCACCACCAGGGUACAAUCUGGUAGUCAAAUCAGACAAGUCCACCAAGGUCCCUAAUGGUCUUGUUGCUCAGGAGCAGCGCUUAACUAAUGUAGCCCAAGAUCAUCAGUCCACUAGUCCAGAUGACAACAUCCCACCUGACUUGGCCAGGCUCCACAAACACCUGAAAGUUGCCCAGGAACAGUUGGACAUUGCCUUUCAAGGUUAUAACAUGCAAGAAAAUGCACAGAAAUCCAGGACCAGCAGUCCAGCAUCAGGAGGUACUGUAGCAGAGCAGAAUCGUGUCAACACUGCCCAUGAGAAACAAGGAGCUAAGCCCAAACCUGGUUCAGAGAAAGGCAGCUCCAGCAGCAAAUCUGGAGAUGGAAAAACAUCUGUGUGGAUUUAAUUUGUUUUAUAUUCAAUUAAGUUUACAAAUGGUCCAUUUAUAACAAAAUGGUGAUAGUCACUUCCUGCGUAUUUUACUACAAUCUGCUAAUCUAUUAGAUAACCAUUAUACCAGUUUGGUUCUCUGGGUUACAGGAGUAUAGUUUGCAUUCAGUGCUUCCAGCAUGAAAUUUUUCACAAUAGGAUUAAUCAAAGAAUUAGUCAUGUGUGCCUGAUUUCCUAAUCAUCUAAAUCAACAAAGAGUCCCAAUAAUCAGGCACAGUUAUCUGUGUACCAGUUCUCUGAACUGUAAAACAAGAUGUGGUAUUAGAUUCAUAGGGUGUUUUCCUUCCUAAAUAUUAGGUAUCUGCUUGUGCUCAACAUCAAACUAUAGUAGCAGAUGUAGUUUAUUGUACUGAUUGGUUUCUGUACUGACAGAUAACAGUUGUCUUCAUUUAAAUAGCUGUUGGGCCAAUAUUCUCCAUCUUUAUCUGACUUGCCUUGUGCCUACUUUGCAUAAAAACAGACUAUUAUUCAUUUUAGUUUCAUUUUAUAGUAGUUAUUUCACAUAAUGGUCAUUGGGGGUUCAAAACAUGAUUUCACUAAGUUAUAAACUUAAAAAUGGAAAUAUACACACUGAUAUAAUUUUUAGAAGCUGUGGUUCUUUCUCAUCCAUAUUUUGUUGUAAUUUCCUUCCAUGCGACUGAGGCGGUCUCCCCAUUCCCACACUCUUUUGCCCUCUUCCAGAUCCAAAAGCUGAAAUUUUCUUGAUAUAUUGUACUUGACUCAAAUACCUUCUGUUUGUAUGUUUAUUUGUUGUUGUCCAAAUUAUCUCAGUUUUAAUUCGGUUUUGGUGAUUUUGUCCAAAAAGAAUUAAACUAAUAUUACAAAAAUUGUACAUUUUUAUCUUAAGAGAGAUGUUGAC